CCACACAAUCCUGUAACAAUGGCUGCUUCUCUUCUCAUCUCCCUCCCAAAGCUCUCACCUUUCUCUCCUCUCCGCUGCUCCCAUGCCCUCCGAUCCUCUCCUCCUCCCUUCUCCUUCUCCCUCAAAUCCAAUCUCAGCUCUUCAAGAGCCCUCUCUUCUUCCCCUCUCUUCCUUCGCUCUACUACCUCCUCUUCAUCGCCUCCUUCCCUAGCCCCUCCCAAGCCCUCCAUUGCCACUGUCUUUGCUGCCAAGGGUUACAAGAUGAAGACCCACAAGGCAUCAGCAAAGAGGUUUCGAGUGACAGGAACUGGGAAGAUAGUGAGAAGGCGAGCAGGGAAGCAACACUUGUUGGCCAAGAAGAACACCAAGAGGAAGCUUCGCCUAUCCAAGAUGCAUCCUGUGGACAAAAGUGACUAUGACAACGUGAUCGGUGCAUUGCCGUAUCUGAAAGUGAACCGGAAGGCGGCAUAAUGCCAGCUUCGAUCAUCUUACUUGAUUUACUUAUUUAUUAUGUUCAAUAUUUCAUCGGUAGAUAAAACAUACCAACUGUAUCUGUGAAGUUGUUUCAUUUAUUUCGACAAAGAGUUCUUCGUCUUGAUUUUUCAUGGUUA